AUGCAUCAAAAUCCAACAUGCAUAGGAUUAUCAAACGUAGCCAUCAACGGAAUAAAGGAGCUUGGUCGCUACGCAAUGUUACUCUGUAACGUCUGCCUUGAAAACAACGAACGCAACAAGUUCAUUCGGAACAGGACUGUCAACAACCUGGGAGAAAAAAUCAACAAAAUCAUGUCUAGCAAUGCUGAGACACUCGAAACGCAAAUUGCUCAAAUUGUCGAAAAGAAAAUAAACGAAGCAAUGAGAAAAACACACGACAAAGUAGACGAGAGUCACGCAAACGUCGUGAAGAAAGUUGAAAGCUACAAAAACGUGAAUAGUCCUCAAAACUCCAAAAACAACAACAACACAACCACUCACAGCAUCGAACACAAUGUAAGAGUGCAAGGGAUCCAUGAGGAUCCUAAUAAACCACGCGACGUGAAUCUUGUCCAAACUCACGAAAAACUAGAGGAAACUUUGGGAACCAUAGGAGUUAAACCGAAAAUAGUCCAGUUUAAAAGACUUGGAACAUUCAACAAAGAAAGGAAAAAGCCAAGAACACUUCUAGUUACGCUUGAAAAUCCAGCAGCAGUCAAUCUAGUGAUUGCAAAAAGUACUGAAAAAAUAGACGAAAUGAAAGAAAUGAAUAUAUUUCUGUCACGUGCCCUAUCUAAAGAAGAUUCUAUCAAAGAAAACUUCUGCCUGAAACGACAAAGUCCCACCAGUAUUCUACUGGAAAGCCACAACAACAACAACAACAACAACAACAACAACAACAACAACAACAACAACAACAACAACAACAACAACAACAACAACAACAACAACAACAACAGCAACAACAACAACAACAACAACAACAACAACAUACUGGGACUAUACUGA